CCCGGAAGCGCAAGUCAUUCAAAAUGUCGCAGCAGGGAAUUACGUUCUGGUGAUUUUCUUUCUUUUUUCUUCUGACAAUAAUAAUAAAAAACAAACAAUGCAAACUCACGACAAGACAUCUGUCAGUUCCGUGGCAGGAACUGCGCCUGAUUUCAGAGGGAAUGACGGUUCUCUUGUGUCUGUGCUGAAGACACUGCUGUUUUUCACUAUACUGAUGAUAACUCUACCCAUCGGACUGUAUUUUGCAUCAAAGGCUUUUCUCUUUGAAGCCUCUCUGGGUUACUCAAGCAAUGACAGCUAUUUUUAUGCUGCCAUCGUUGCUGUGCUUGCGGUGCAUGUGGUUCUGGCACUCUUUGUUUACGUUGCAUGGAAUGAGGGGUCACAGCAAUGGAGAGAGGGGAAACAGGAUUAAUCAGAACUGGAUGCAACAGAGAGAAAGAGAGAGGGAAAUGCACACAUGCCACUUUCUCAUACACAUUCAUAAACAUGAAUAUAAUAAUGGACUGAAAGCCUGUGUGUGUGCAUUUGCUUUUCUCCUGAAUGUCUCAGCAUAUCAGAGAGAAGAUGCCAAAAUUGCCUCUUCAUCUCAUGGACUGGUUGUCACCUUUCUGGAGGUCGUGUCAGAAGACGUUAGUUGUUAAUGUGUUUUUGUGUAGGGCUAAUACAGGACAGAAGAAAGCCAAAGUUAAAACAAGCUCAUGUUCUUAUGGAAGUUCAUUGUUCCUGCAGUGUUACUAUCUGACCCAUUUCAGCAUAGCCAAUAGUUGAAUCCAACUCUGCUUCUGAUCUGUGAUAUGAACUUCAAAAGAACUAAGCUUCAGCUCAUUUCAGUCUAUUGCACUGUAAUCUUUGGCUCCCUGUAUGAUUUUAGUGUCUUCCUAUAUUAUUUUAGAUACAUUAAAUCUAGUGUUUUGUGAUUGUGUUUUUCCAAAUUUGAUUUCAUGUUCUUUAUAAAUAAACAUUGUUCUACAGAACCCAUAUAACCAUUCUUGCUGGAAAUACACACUCCCAAACCCAAAGAGUAAAUGUCCUUGUCCUUGUUUUUUUUUUUUUUUUUCUGUAUUCAUGGAUCAAAGUAUCCAGUAGAUAAAUGCUUCACCUGCCCUCCAAACACACUGUUCUUUGUGCCCCUCAUAAGGUUCUCCCUUUGUCAUGAACAUUAAAUUGAACUUACUGGGUAUGUUUGGCUUAACAAAAGUUUGUUUGUUUUUUCUUGCAAGAGGAAAGUCAAAAGGUGUUGGGUUUUUCAUGAUUUUGAAGGU